UGCUUUCCCAUCAACCAACAGCUCAGGCUGUGGGCUGAUUCCAGAUCGCAUCUCCCACGUUUUCCUCCACUGUUCGCCGGAAAACCUUAUGCUUCUCUACCUCUACCUCCGUUCUGCUCCUUAACUGCAGUAUUCUCUUUUCAGAUCCCCUCCCUCUCCAUCGCUUUCUUAUUCUGGUCUCUCCCACUUCGCUUCUUAACUAUCGUGUUUUUCGUUUAUUUACUGUCCUGCAAUGCCUGCGAAAUAAUGUGCUCUUCAUUCCGUUAACAUCGAACCAAAUCGCGGUUUCUUCACCCUAGCCAUCAACGUCAUCAUCCUUUGUGAAAAUAGAAUUCGAUUUUGGCGAUAUGGGGCAUUUAAUUGGCAGUCAAAGCUCUCCGCGGCUGCCACCGGUGGUUAUCGACCACAUGCUCCCGGAUCUCUCCGAAAUCGGAGCCAUUCCCCCCUUGAAUGCAUUGGAGAUUUUGAGGGAGACGGUCCGCAUCCUCCGUGUUGAUCCCUCCACUUUCAUGUCCAUCUUUGCCCUUCUCAUCUGCCCUGUCUCCUCCGCCUUUCUCUCUAAUUUUCUUCUCAACCAGUCCUUCGUCAGCAGCGUAGGGCACCGAUUGAUACUACUUGCUGUCACCAGUGGUCUACCACCCGCACAAUUCCUCAAACAAAUGUGCCACCAUCUCGCCGGAACAUUAGUUUCUUCUGUAUUUUGCUUCCCUCUUAUAAUCACCUUCCUUCUCCUGGCCCGUGCCUGCAUUGUUUACUCCGUGGCCUGCAGUUAUGCAGGAAAGAAGGUUAUGAUAACCGAGUUCAAAGGGACGGUUGCCCGCAUUCUGAGGCGUCUGGUCUUGACCUACAUUUGCAAUUGUGCUGCAAUUGUGAGUUGCCUUACUGUCUUCAUUACACUCAUUGUUGCUCUCUGCAGUUCAUUUUCUAGAUUGGGCUAUCCUCCUGAGAUCAUCAUAUAUCCUGCAUUGCUAGCUCUGUUGGGGUUUUCAGUAGCUUAUGCACAUAUAAUUGUGGUAUGCAAUCUCGCCAGUGUGAUAUCUGUAUUGGAGGAUGCAUCUGGUCCACAGGCAUUAGUGAGGUCCAUGAGGUUGGUCAAGAGGCAGAUACACGCAGGGUUGGUGAUAUUUUUAGGGACAACUACAGGAUUGGCUUUUGUUGAAGGGCUGUUUGAGCACAGGGUAAAAACUUUGAGCUAUGGUGAUGGGUCCUCGCGAAUAUGGGAAGGACCUCUGUUGGUACUUAUGUAUUCCUUUGUGGUUCUUAUUGAUUCUAUGAUGAGCGCGGUUUUCUAUUUCACCUGUAGAUCAUCUGGUGGCAUGGAACUAUUGAAUGCAAAUGAACAAACUUCUGAAGAAUUGGAAAACCUUUCAUCUCAGUUAACAAUUGCUGAAUAGCAUGUUCUUGAUAAUUUUUUUGUUUUUUUUCUCCAUUUGGUCAUGAAUUCCUUACAGUUAAUAAGCAGCGCCAUAUUUCAUUCAGUUAGUUUGGAGGAGGAAAUUGAGUCCUGAUUAGUACUUGACAUAGUCUGGCAUUAUUUGUAAGAACUUUCUGCUGAAGCACAAAACUGAAUGAUAUAUUUUGUAUUCACUUCAAACAGUUGAUUAAGAUACAGAAUAAGCUAUCCAUCAUGUUGAUCCUACUCAAUACUUGUUAAGAGUAAACUCUGAAUAAUUCAAAUGGUGUUCUUCAUCUAUUUUAGUUUGCUCUUUUGCAGGCGUGUGGUCACAUCAAUUUACAGGUUGCUCAUUGAAAGAGGAUAACUGCCAUAUAGAUUUCUGUUUAGCAUACAACUUCUCUUUUACUGUGCCCUUGACAUCUAGCAAGCUUUGCCGCUUGUUCAAUCACUCAAAUAGGAAAAAUCUGUAUACAUGGCUGGGCUACACCGCCUUGAUCCUCAUAUAUCCUUGAAGUUUUGUUUUUGAACAAUUCACUUUCUUAGGAGAUAAAGGCUUAUGUUAAAUGCAUGAAUUGAUAUCAAUGCUGGAUAGAUAAAUUUGCUGGACAUUGUUAUUUAGCUAAAAGGAACCAGUUGGCCUUAUAUUUGUUAACUUCAGGACUUGUAAUUAAGAUGCUUGCUUAUUUUC